GCUCACUCUCAAAUGAUCGUGGCCUGUCUGAAGAAACACAGGCAACAAGAAAAAGCUUAUUUGAGGAAAAAUCUAGCAGCGCCAGAAUGGGUAACGGUGCUUUGUCCCUUCAGGUUCUUCCACUGCUCCUUUUCCUGGGGACCGCACGGCUGUGCAAACUGACUUUCUACCCUUCUUUAUCCCAUGCAGUCUUGCAGUUUCUUCUUCCUGACUGGCCUUCUCGAUGGCCAGACUGACGACUAUGAGUACUAUGAUGAGUAUACCCAGCCAGAAGAGGAACCCCUCCACCAAAACCAAUACGCUGAGGAUCCUGACUGGUUUGAGGAACAGUUUGGCUACAGUAGUACUAGAAAAGCAGACCCCUGCUCCUCCAAUCCCUGCAAGAACAAUGGCCGGUGUGAAAAAAAAGGAAGUCACUUCAGCUGCCACUGCCCCAAGCCAUAUACUGGGACUACAUGUGAGAAAGUGAAAGACAUGUGUCUGGAGAAGAGGUGUGUCAGAGGAGACUGCCUCAUUACAUUAACCUCACCUUAUUUCCAGUGCAGCUGUAGUCAUCCCUACAAAUUACCAGACUGUGGCCGAGCAUCUUCACCAUGCAGGCCAAAUCCAUGUAAAAAUGGAGGUAUCUGCAUACGGCACAGAAUCAGAUCAGAAUUCACCUGCAAGUGUCCUGAACCAUUCAGAGGGAGAAUCUGUGAAAUUGGACCAGAUGAUUGCUACGAGGAGGACUCCGAGUACAGAGGAAGAGUGAACCAAGCAGCGAAUGGAAAGACAUGCCUGCACUGGAAUUCCCACAUUCUCUUGGACUACUCUAUUAACUCAUUUAUGAAGGAUGCUGACUCUUACGGCAUUGGUGAACAUAACUUCUGCAGGAAUGCUGAUGGUGAUGAAAAACCCUGGUGCUACAUCAAAAAUAACAACAAGGUGGAAUGGGACUUCUGUGACAUUUCACCCUGCUCAGGAACAGCUGAAGAGAUCCCAGGGGCAGCAGGCAGCCCAACUGUCCCGCCUGGAUCAAAUGAAAUAUUCAAAACAUGUGGACAACUAGAAAGCCAAAGGCCACUAAAGAGGAUCUACGGUGGAGCCAAGACUAAAGCUGGCAAACAUCCGUGGAUGGUAUCUCUGCAGAAAAAGACUUCAUGGAGGAGCAGGCAUUUCUGUGGUGGAGUCCUAAUAAAACCAUGCUGGGUUCUCACUGCUGGACAUUGCAUUGAACACUCAGCAGAAAAUCUCCAAGUGGCCCUUGGAAAGCAAGACCUCAAGAAGAGAGAGCCUCAAGAGCAAAUAUUUGAUGUGCAGAAGAUCAUUGUACAUUACAAAUACAAAGACAAGGACGGUGUCCAAUACAAUGAUAUUGCAUUACUGAAGUUGAAGCCAGUUAAUGGUCACUGUGCUGUGGAAACAAAGUAUGUGAAAACAGCGUGUUUGCCUAACUUCCUCCUUCCUGUUGGGACUGACUGCUUCAUUUCAGGAUGGGGUGCCACAGAGACAGAUGAAGAAUCCCGUCAGCUGUUAGAUGCCAAUGUCAAGCUGAUUUCGCAAAGGCAGUGCAAUGCACCAAAAGCAUAUGAUCACGUACUGGAUGAAAGCAUGUUCUGCGCAGGAAAUCUUCAGAGGUCUGGAGUUGAUUCUUGUCAGGGAGAUUCUGGAGGCCCUCUAACUUGUGUAGAAAAUGGCUCCUACUAUGUGUAUGGCCUUGUGAGCUGGGGUGAUCAGUGUGGGUUAAAAAACAAGCCAGGAGUCUAUACCCAGGUGACAACAUUUCUCAGUUGGAUUAAAUCCAAAAUUCGGUCGGAGUCAAGGUCACUUCAUUGAGAGACAGCAUUUGGAACAUCAAAUGAAUUUCUGAAGCAUCAGGGUUGACUGUGACUUGCUGACAUCCUUCUGUCUCUGACUCGUCCUGUAAGAUCAAACCCAACUAAAUUGUGAGGACAGCCAGUGGACAGGAGAAGGUUUUAAUUGUUUUAUUAUUCUGUAAAUAUAUUUACAAAUUAAAAAUUAACUCUACUGGCAAACAAGUGGGCAAAAUCUGAAUUACUGCUCUGCACUGAACAAAUCUCUACCAUGAAAACGUGCAAAUAACUGACCCAUUCAUGUAAGUUAGAUACUACAAGUAUCCAAGGACAGAAUGUGCUCAAGUCCUAAUUUCUAGAGCAAAACAGCAAACACCUGAUUUCCACAUGAAUAACGCACCUGUAGAUUUCCCUGGGACUAUCAGAUCUCAACCACAUGUAGGGCUUAAGAAGAUAUUUUCUGCAGUCUCUACUGUCUGUAUUAGUCAACUAUAGUUACAAUUCAUUUCCUGAGUAACUUUUCAGAUGGAGAAGAAAAUCAGGGAUCUGUCCUGUUUCUCUUGGGCUGGUUUAUUGUUUGGCUUGUUCCCAGAGUUAAAACUUAAAUUAAACAAGUAUUUAAAGUGCA